CAGGUCUAGCACAUCAUGGAGACACAAAUGCACUCAGUGCAGCCCUUCCAGCUGGAUACCGCUUAUUCACAUGGCCGCUGGGGGUCGCACAACUUUUGUCAUUCUCUGGCCAGAGAGACAGGCUCGUUUGUUUAGCUGGGCGGUUCCGGGAUGCGUCAGGCGCUGUGAGAAGGGACUGCGUUACCCAUAAUGCACAGAGGAGUCCCUUUGUAGCAGCUCGGAGCGGGUAUAGACAUGUCCAGCCUGCAGAGAUCGGCCCCUGCCUCACAGAAUGUGUCCCUGCCUCUGGAGCAGGUUAAGGAGGCUCUAGGGGAAGUGCUGAACGCUCUGCAGUCGCCUACGGGAAGUGCCCGGCUGGAAGAGGCAAGAGAGAAUUCCGGGAAUGACCUCGGGAAAGUCCUGCAGCUUCUUCUCCCGGCAGCUGUUCAGAUCCAGCAGGAAGUUCUGCAGAAUUACGGAUUUAGUCCUGAUGGUGAGGGUGUCCUCAGAUUUGCCAGACUUGUCAAGUCUUAUGAAUCACAGGACCCUGAAAUUGCCGCUAUGUCCAGCAAACUGAAGUCCUUCUUCCUGCCGCCGUUACCGCUUCCCCCCCACGCUGGUCUCUCCGCCCCUUCAUCAUGAACUGUUCCACUUCUUGUUGCGAAAUAGCAGGCUAUGCCUGAAACAUCCAUCACUCCUCCCUUUGGCUGUUACACACUUGGCCCCUCAUUAAUGGACAGUCGGGGGGGGGGGGGGGCAUGGGAUUAAGGAAUCUUUUUCUGUCUGUUACUUUAACAUUUCAGGCUCCAGUUCUCCCUCAGAGGGAAUCAUUUUGUCCCACUCUGUCUGGUAUCGGUGGUACUUUCUGCGGUGGCAUAUGAGAUACAUAACAAGUUAGUUAUACUAGAAAAUACUCAGAGGGAGGAUGGGCCUGUAUUGAUCUGUCUCUUGUAUUGCUCUGUAUAGAGAGGAGUUUGUGAAAAAUAGAGGCAGAAAACAUUUUUGGCCCCAGACCUUAAGCCAGGACUGUCUGGAAGCCCAAGUUUUAGAUGUGGCCCUCAGAGUAAUGGCUAUAGCCCCCAGCCUGGCCAUUGGCUAGAUAAACUUAUUUCUAUGACAUAAUCAGGGCUAAGAACAUUUGGCAUAUUAAAUAUGCAGGCAGGGUGCUGUCUUCUCUAGGAAGUUUUCCUCCCAAAGUUUAUCAUUCUAACCAGGGGUUAGAAAAGGUCCAAAAUGGAGCCUGUGCCAGAUACAGUACAGUCAGUAAGCUUUGUUGUGGGAUGGUUGAAAACAGUGGCAUAACUAUGGUUCUUUGGUCUCUAGUUACACCACUGGCUAAAAAAAAUAAAAGUAAUUUGAAAUAAACAAAACUGUAUCAGCUUCUGCUU